GUUGAUUCCUGUUCUUUUCACAGAGAAAAAGAAAAAGCUGCUGUUUGCUGGAACAUCUCAAUGGAUAUGAAACAGGACACCUGUGAUGUGGACACAAAUAUCAUGGAGAAAACUGUAAAUAAUAAGGAGGAUGACUGUGAGUGGAAGUCCAUCUACCUUAAACAGGAAAGUCUGAGCAUUAAGAAGGAGGACAGUGAACUGCAGCCAGGGGGCAUUAAAGAAGAACCUGAGGAGAAGUCUGUCAGUAUUGAAACACAUAACCGUACAAAUAUGGACAGUGUAAAAGAAGACAACCUUCAAGAUGGAGUGGUGACCAGGUUAGACUCUUCUCAUAGCAGACACUGUUCAUCUCCAGAGCCUUCUAUCAAUGUGAAGUCAGAAUCAUUAGAGUCUGAACCAAAGAGGGCUGAGGAAACUACAUCUGUUAGAGCUCAGAAAAAUAAGCGACCACCUUCAAAGAAGUCUGGAAAAAGAAAGAAAGAUCACUGCAGUAUGGAAUGUGGCAGAGAAUUCUCUAACAGGAGUGCUCUUCAGAAACACACGAGAGUUCACACUGGAGAGAAGCCAUAUUGCUGUAAUGCAUGUGGUAAACAGUUUUCAGACACGAGCAGUCUUCAGAGACACACUAGAGUUCACACUGGAGAGAAGCCAUAUUGCUGUACUGAAUGUGGUAAACAGUUUUCACGAUAA